UGCAAGUCUUACAGGCGUAUUAGGCUGGUCUAUUCUCAGCCGUCAACUCCACCUUCAUCGUCGGAAUGCAGCCUAAUCCGGGAGAUACUACCAAUGUUCUCCUCCUGUAUCUAAUCCAGACAACUGUUAAUGGCCCGAAUUCCGUACCUGAUAUCAACACUCUUUCUUCAUCCACGGGAUAUUCGUCUUCGACUGUCUGGGUGCAAACACUUGCCUAUGCUAGCCUCGCAUUCAGUGUCUUGGCCGCGUUCGGGGCAGUCUUGGGCAAACAGUGGCUGAACUCUUACAAGUCAGUUCGAGGACGAGGAUCUCUCGAAGAGCGCGGCAUAGAGAGGCAGAUGAAGUUAGAUGGAGUAGAAUAUUUCCGCUUGCAGACCGUCUUGCGGGCAUUCCUGGUGCUGCUCCAGAUUUCGCUCCUGCUCUUUGGCCUCUCGCUAAGCGCUCGCAUGUGGACCCAGGAGACCACAAUAUCCAGUGUCAUCAUCUGCACUACAGCUUUCGGCAUUCUGUUCUACGCGGGUACUAUCCUUGUGUCGGUGUUGCGUCCGGACAGUCCUUUCCAGACACCAGCCUCAGAGCUAUUUGUAGCUAUCCGCCAAAAAUUUCUUUCAGAUAAAUUCACAUUCACUCCUAGCAUAUUUGCCAAAUCAUCCGCCAUUCGCUGGAUACUAGAGACAUCGACGAACCCUGAAAUUGUCAAAGCUGCAGCUGCGAUUGUACCUUGCGUGCAAUGGCCCCCGAACCUUGAUGCUUCGGCAGCCUUUUCACGUUUACAGGAUAAUUUUAAGGCAUGUCAGGACAGGGAAGAGCUAUACGUAAAGUAUGGCCAAGCCAUAGCCUAUCUUUGCAUCCAGUCGGUGAAAAUAAAUCUGGAACCUCUGGAGUCGUGUUGGAUUGCCUCAAUUCCGAAAAUCCAAAGUCGUUUCAUUCGCGAUGCAUUCAUGGCCGGACGUGCUGCCUACGAUCAGCUCAAGAAUACACAGGAAACGGACACUCAACUGAAGCACCGAGCCAGUGUACGUACCGCCCUAAGAACAAUGCUUGUACACGGAUGUACUCGCCGCCGAUUUUCACGUCCAGACGAUGAAUGCUUGAUUUGGGAUAGUGAACUGUGCUGGUGUCACAGUGACGAGCGUGAGCCCAGCUGUGAAGAAUUUGAUUGGCUCGUCGAUUACCUGGCGUAUAAUGCAGAGCAUAGCACAGACGAUGAAACACAAGGUGAUGCUUUGCUAGCACUGAGCGCCAUGCAUGGAUUAGGGAGCUCUUCCAAGCAACAGUCCUACAUCAACUCGCUUAUUCACUGUAUGCAGUCCACCAGACCUCCACGAGUCCGGCAUGCUGCGCUUAGAGCUACUUGUGAAGCUCGAGAAGAAUUAGCUUCUAUAUCCAGUGCCUUGAUGCCACAGGGUGUCGAUGCACAACUCCUGGAUGAGCUUUCCCGCGCUCUUUUAACUGCCGUACGUCCAUAUAAUGACCGGACAAUCCGCACUGGACCCGACGCCUCUUUACACCUUGAUCGAGACUCUUGCUACCUCCGCCUCAUCUAUACCCUGACGAAGAACGAUGAGUGGUGUCAACGUCUGACCCGUGAUGGCCAUCCCGACCGGUGCAUUUUUAUAGCUGACGUAGUCAAUUGUUCUUCGGAAUUCAAUCUCCACCUUUCUGUGAUCUUCGGGCGCAUCAAGUCCUCAGGCGUGGAUCUUCGUCUCAGUGUCGCUGAGUGGAGAUGGCGGCUGCUCAUCGCAUUCACAUGGAGCACAUGGCGCAUAUCGGAUGCUGUUGAUGAAAUACCAGCCAUUGUGACAGCGACGAGGCUGAAUUUGACAGCCUUGGAUGAUGGUCCCGAGGGGGAGUGGUUCGUAAAUAUCGUUACAGAUGUGCAUAAAACUUUGGUCGAAUUGCAGCAGAAGCAAGCGCACCAUGUGGACCGUGGUAUAGCUCAGGCUACAAUUGAUGCUGCACUAUCCUCUUUGCAGGGCUUGCACGCCGAGUUGAGUCUUAUGGUUGAGCAAUGGAAUUCAUCGCAAAGGAAUGAUGGAGCUUCACGAUCAUGAAGAACAUGGGUCUGCAGCCAAGCACUUUUAUUCCUAUUCCUAGUUCUUUACUUCAUGAGGCAGAUGUCUCUAAAGUAUUUCUUUUAGCUACCUUGUGAUCAUUGCAAAUAUAUUUCUGCCUUGCCUGUCAAUGAACAAGAAG